AUGUCGCUUCUAAAGUCCUUACCGUCCAAGGGCAGAAUGGCCCAGGUCAAGAAGCUUCUGGCACAGAUCUUUGGCGAAACAUAUAACCCUCAAAAUUUGAGAAACGGAAACAAAAUAUUGAGACAGCCAUUGCGUGGGCCUGAGUUGUUGGCUUGGUACGGUAACAACGACGCCAUGCCUACUUUCAAAGACUUUAAGAAGUGGUUUCCUGAGUUGAAAUUGGUCGAUCCAAGAGAAGAGGAAAGACUCAGAAUGGUCGUCGACCGUAAAAAGAGAAAUAAGGGUGCCCCAAAGAAGAAGAAGAGUUGA